CAGUUCUCCUCAGCUCCUUCUCUCUGCAACUGGAAAACUCAACCAUGGGCGCUUCUUCUCUCCUCCUCUCCGUUCUACUUCUCGUAUCAGUCUCCCUUUCGUCUUCCCACAAUAUCACCGACAUCCUCUCCGGCUUUCCAGAGUACAGUCUCUUCAACAGCUACCUCACUCAGACGAAGCUCUGCGAUGAAAUCAACAGUCGCCAAACCAUAACCUGCCUCGUGUUACCCAAUGCCGCCAUGUCUUCCCUCGCAGGGAAGCACCCACUCUCCGUCAUUAAGAACGCACUCAGCCUUCUUGUCCUCCUCGACUACUACGAUACCUCCAAGCUCCACGACAUCUCCAAGGGUACAACUCUCACCACUACUCUCUACCAAACCACCGGCAAUGCCGCUGGUAAUCUUGGCUUCGUCAACAUCACCGACCUCAAGGGCGGCAAGGUUGGUUUUGGCUCUGCUGCACCUGGAUCCAAGCUUGACUCCUCCUACACCAAGAGUGUUAAGCAGAUCCCCUACAACAUCUCCGUUCUGGAGAUCAAUGCCCCGAUCAUCGUUCCUGGGAUCUUGACUGCUCCUGCUCCCUCCGCCUCCGACGUCAACAUUACGGCGCUGCUCGAAAAGCACGGCUGCAAGAUCUUUGCCUCACUCAUCCAAAGCUCUGGGGUGCUCAAGGUCUACCAGUCAGCCAUGGAUAAGGGUUUGACGUUGUUCGCACCGUCGGAUGAGGCGUUUAAGGCUCCCGGCGCACCGGAUCUCAGUAAGCUAUCGAACGCCGAGGUGGUAACGUUACUGCAGUACCAUGCAUUGGCUGGAUACACACCCAUCGGGACUUUGAAGACCACCAAGACUCCCAUUAGCACUCUCGCAACCAACGGUGCCGGAAAGUACGACCUCACGGUGAAAACUGCUGGAGAUUCUGUUACCUUGGACACCGGUGUCGAUUCCUCGAGGGUUGCUGACACGGUGAUUGACAACACACCAGUAUGCAUUUUCACCGUCGACAAUAUUCUUCUUCCUAGCGAGCUGUUCGGGAAGUCGCCUUCUCCGGCUCCAGCGCCGGAGCCUGUUUCCUCUCCAACUCCUACUCCUGCAGUGUCUCCAAGCCCAGCUCCGGUAGCCGUCGAAGCCCCAGGUCCGUCAGCGAUAUCACCACCAGCACCGGCUAUUUCAUCGCCGGCAAGUUCUCCGGCAGAUGCACCAGCGGCCGAAGCGGAGAACAGUACAGCGGGAUCUGGAGCUGUGGACUUGAGAGCACCUGCAUUAUGGAAAACACUAGUUACAGUAUCUGCAGCUUUCGUUGCUUGGGCAUACUUUUCGUGAGAAACCAUCUUUUUCAGGGUUUUUUCUUAAAUUUUUUUUUUUUACUUUUAUUUUUGUGUUUUAUCUUCCAAGAUUCACUGUGAUUUGAGACUUUAUAGAAUAGAGUGUUGGAUUUAUUCGUGUACUCGGUUAGAAAAACCACCAUUGUUGUGUUCGUUAAGCAGCAAUGGUGGUUCACUGGUUCAGUUGGUGAGCGACACAGAUACUGAGAGUGAAAACGUAUGUUUGGAUACAAUUCUAAGGAUGGACUGUUUCUUC